AGGAAGCGCACUUUGAACGCUUGAACUGAUUUCUUUUUUCCUUGAGACGCUACGGCAGCUGUGUGGACCACGAAAUGGAGCUGAGGAUAACGUUGCCUGUCUGCGUCCUCCUGUUUUUAGGGUCGUUUUCUGAAAAUGUUGCAUGUUCCAAAGGAAGGAGGGGACCUAAAGUAACGGUUAAGGUGUUUUUUGAUAUCACAGUGGGUGGGCAAGAGGUUGGCAGAAUCGUCAUUGGACUGUUUGGAGAUGUGGUUCCUCAGACCGUGAAUAACUUUGUUGCUCUUGCCACAGGAGAGAAGGGGUACGGUUACAAGGGAAGCAAGUUCCACCGGGUCAUCAAAGACUUCAUGAUCCAAGGUGGGGACUUCACCGCUGGAGAUGGAACAGGAGGCAGAAGCAUCUAUGGCACGACGUUCCCUGAUGAGAACUUUAAGCUAAAGCACCUGGGCACAGGGUGGGUCAGCAUGGCCAACGCAGGCCCCGACACCAACGGCUCGCAGUUCUUCAUCACCGCUGCCCGGGCGCCCUGGCUGGAUGGCAAACACGUUGUCUUCGGGAAGGUCUUGGAGGGCAUGUCUGUGGUUCACACAAUUGAGCUGCAGGACACGAACGACAGGAACCUGCCCUACACAGAAUGCGUGAUCGUCAACAGCGGGAAGAUCGAGGUCAAGGAGCCCUUUGUGGUGGAAGUGGAGGACUGGAAGGAUUAGGUUUAUGCACAGAUGCACAGUUAUGCAUAGUUUCCCUCAUCAACAUGCUUUAUAUAUUUAGUUCUGAAGUUCAUGCUAGUGCUUAUAGGUCCUAAAGCAUUUCUGUACUAAUAACUUGAUAACAAUAUCCUUUAAGAAACAUUUAGAUAUCAGCAUUUAAGGUAUGCACUGUAUCCUUUUUAUUCUUCUUGCCAAGCAAAAAAAAUGAAAAAUAUGCACCAGCUAAAUAGCACUUUAUAUAUAUAUUUGUUAAAA